ACAAGCCGCCACUUAUCCUCCAGCCUCUAGCCGCCGCCACCGCUUCCGCCGGUUUGUUCUCCAUUGCAUGCUGGCCCAGCCAUGCGUGUCCCGGCACCAAGACAUGUUGUGUGACCAGGUGCAUGUUGAGCAAUGCGAUACAGCUCACCUCUCCGCCGCCACUCUUCAGUUAUUUACAUCAUUUGCCUAGCUCUCAUCUUUCUGCCCAGAUCUGAGACUUGGUAUUUCAGUUUUUCCUCCUCUCCUCGUGUAGACUCUAGUGCGUAGUCCCCUUCCUCUCUCCCUGAAUCGCCCAAGUGGAAACCCUAGAGUCCUAGACAACGCCACACAGAACGGUGGUGGUGACCACCAAGCGCUGGCAGGCAGCAGCACCAUCCCUGCUGGCAGAUUGCGCACACAGCAGGCCCGCAAGGGCGCAAGGCAGGUGCGCGGCAGGCAGCAACAAUUGGGCACUGGGCAAGCCGGUAACAGAGAAACAGCAUAACAGGGUGGGAGACAUGAAGCAAUCAAGCUCUUGGAACUGCUUUUCAAUCUUGUCAGAAGGUACCACUAGGUCCGUCCAUGUAUCAGUCAAGAGUUCUUCAGCAGGAUUUGAUAAACAUGCUACCAGAAGCUUGCAUAGCUGAAAUAUUCAGACAUCUGGAAAACAGUAAAGAUCGGGAAUCAUGCGCCUCUGUCUGCUGGAGAUGGGCCGAUAUAUUGGUCUCUCAGCAACCAGAUUUUUGGAGCCCCUUCAGUGUUCAUCAAGCUGUUCACCGUUGCUUGCACCUGUCUGAUGUUGAUGAUGCCAAGCUUGUGGAAGCUGUUGUUGGCAUACACUCAAGGGGUGUGGUGACUGAUCUUGAUCUUCAUAAUGGACCACGCGAGGCUGUUUUUGCUGGUGGUCCUCAGCUCACUGAUACUGCUAUUCGUUUUGUAACCACUGCAUGCCGUAACCUGAAGUCAGUUUGUCUCGUCAACUGCUUAUCUCUCACAAACAAAGCUGCAUGGAUCAUUGCUUCAAACUGCCCUGCAUUAGAAAAUCUCGUGAUUUUACAGUCUUCAAUCAGUGACGAUGGUCUUUCACAGGUUGCUAAGCAAUGCAGAAACUUAAAGUCCCUCCGUAUUGAAGGGAGCUUGUCCAUCACUGAGGCAUCACUAAAAGCCCUAGUGCAGGAUGCCAGGAGACUUGAGUCUCUUGCUCUGGGAAGCUAUCCUCAAAUUCGAGAAGACGCCAUCUUGACCUUACUGAUGAACCAACCUUAUCUAGACAAGCUUGAGCUCAAGGGCAUGAUGGCUGGAGAGUCACAUUGGAUUGGUGCAAGACAAUCAUCAGCCCUCAAUAGGCAUUUUCGCUUGUUUCGCCAGCUCUCUAGUCUCAUCCUGGUGAAGUGCCCAGGUUUACAGGACCUGGGCAUGCUCAAGUUUGCUAGAAUUCAGUUUCGAAUGCUACGGCAUUUGGUGAUUGAUGACUGCAGAGUGACAGACCGGGGCCUGAUAUGGCUGGUGGGUGAUGCCAUGAAUCCCAUGAAGCUUAAGACCAUUAAACUUGCCAGGUUCCAAUUUUAUACAGCUGCAGCUGCAAUGAAAGUAAUAUCCUUUGUCUGCGAAACAAUUGAAUCAAUAAUUCUGGAUUCAUGUGAUUUUGGCAUAAUGACGCCACUUCAUCUUGAUGGAGCUGUGGCCCGGUGGUGUCCGAAGCUGAGGGUCCUCAGAAUGGAGCACUGUGAGAAAAUUAUGUACCUCUUCUUGUCAUGGGUCGACAAAGCCUGCCGUGGGCUGAAGGAGAUUAGGCUCAUUGGAUCUCCAGCACCUGUUGAUGACCAUGGUAUCGCAGGCCGUCUAAGCAGCAUCCUGCACCGCAAUAGGAUCGCAAAGAUUGAAAUGAGGUCCUGCCAUGUUACAGACAUGCAUGUUUGCAUUAUUGCACGUUCCUCCCUGGAAGCUCUGCAGGAACUCAUCCUGGAUGAAUGCCCAAAGAUCUCAGGCAACUUUACGGUGUUUCUCAGAGCGCAUUGCCCCAAUCUGAUCAAGCUGGGUUUGAAUCGUGUUCAAAUCAACGACGGCGACAUUAAGAGCCUCAUGGUUGCAGGAUUUGAGCACCUUGAGGAGCUUAAUCUAAUGGGGUGCCCUUUGAUCACCAAGAAUGUUCUACGUAUCUUAGCCACAUCAUCCUUGCCCAAGCUUAGGAGAGUGAAUUUGUCAGACUGCCCUAAUGUCAUGCAGGAGACCAUUGACAGCUACGGGCGCUACUGUGGCUGGGAGAUCGAGAACUAAGGGAGCAGAAGCUCCAGGAGAAAAAUAAACUUGGCUGCGAGAUGCUGUUUUCAGCUUUCUUUCAUAAAAAGUAUACCCCCACAUUUUUGACAUAUUAAAGAAGUAGCUCAUCCCGCCGUCGGAUUUCCCAGGCCACAUGUCUCGCGUCAGCUGACUGGUGCCGCCUGCAUCCGCGCCGCUCGGCUCUACCUAGCCUCUAGGGAAGGCCAGUCACACACAAGUAGGGGGAAGGCUAGUCACACUCGCGCUGGGUGGUGACCGGUCGUGGUGCUAGACCUCUCUUCACGACCCAAUGUGAUCUUUACGUAUCUUUAACUAACAAUUAUGCAA